GAGAAACCCAAAAAGUGAAAAGGUGUGCCCCAAUGUAAUUAUGAGCAUGGAAAGAGAAAGACAGAGAGAGAAAGAGAACAUACGCCACAGUAGUCACAGAUCUCUUGACUCUUGAGUCUUCAAGAACAACUACAAAUAAAGUGUCUGCACCCACCACAUAAAAAAUAAAGAGAAAAAGAAAAAAAAAAACUCACACACAACCCAAGAAUCAUUAUCCAGGAAAGAUUAUUUCUUUACCUAUUUCAUAAUCUGGGGUUUGCUUUCUCGUCAAGCACUGAACCACACAAAACCUCUCAUUACUUGUUUCUUCACACCCACCACCACAACUACCACCACCUCAAUUCUCAUCUUUUUGUUUUGGUUCCAUCCCAACAUGUCAUUCCAAGCUGCUUUCUUUCGUGUUUGGUUAACUUAAAUCUGGGAUUUUUUUCCCACCCCAUUUAUCCCAUUUAACAAAAGAAGAAAAUGAGAUAACAGUGUUGAGUGUUGUGAAAAAAGCAGCAAAAAGCAGUGGUUGUGUUCUCUGAUUAGUGUUCCCUUCUGCAUUGCUUUUGUAUGCCUUUUUGGUUCUGCUUCUUCAGAAACGUUUGCAUUUCAACUUGUAAAAUAUGAGGAAGCAUGGAUGGCAGUUACCUUAUCAUCCACUCCAGGUGGUGGCUAUUGCAGUGUAUUUGUCUCUGGGGUUUGCCUUCUAUGUCUUCUUCGCUCCUUUUGUUGGUAAGAAGAUGUAUCAGUAUGCUGUCAUGGGACUCUACACGCCGCUGAUUACUUGUGUCUUUGGAUUGUACAUUUGGUGUGCAGCAACAGAUCCAGCAGAUCCAGGGGUUUUCAAAUCCAAGAAGUAUCUCAAAAUCCCAUACAGUGAGAAACAUAGUCAACCAAAGAAUUCUAAAUUAGGAGGAGAAUCAACCUCUUCGAUACACGGUGCAAAUGCUUCAACGGUUGGAGCAAUGUCUGUGGACAAGGAGGCACCUGGAACAGAAGGAACUGUGAAAGAUGCUUCUGAUUCAGUAGAGAAGAAGAAUGCAUUGUCAUGUCUUCUCUUGAUAUGCUCUCCUUGUGCAUAUGUCUGUAGCUGCUCUAGCUCAAGCAAGGAAUCUUGUGAUAAGCAAAUAAGCGAAGAUGGCAUGUUCUAUUGCAGCUUGUGUGAAGUUGAGGUCUUCAAGUACAGCAAGCACUGUAGAGUUUGCGACAAGUGUGUAGAUCACUUUGAUCAUCAUUGCAGAUGGCUUAACAAUUGUAUAGGGAAAAGAAACUACCGGCAAUUUUUUGCUCUCAUGGUUGUUGCUAUCCUCUUGCUUAUUCUUCAAUGGUUGACUGGGAUAUUUGUGCUUAUCUAUGGUUUUGUUGAGAGAAAGCAAUUUUCUGCUGACAUCUCCUCCAAGUUGGGAAGUAGUUUCUCUAUUGUUCCCUUUGUCAUUGUGGUGUCUGUUUGCACCAUUCUGGCUAUGAUUGCUACCUUGCCUGUUGCACAGCUUUUCUUCUUUCACAUCCUCCUUGUUGAAAAGGGAAUCAGCACUUACGAUUACAUCAUAGCUCUGAGGGAGCAAGAGCAGGAGCAGCAAGGAGUUGGUGGUCAACAAAGUCCUCAAAUGUCAACUGUCAGCUCACUUACUGGAUUCAGCAGUGCGAGCUCCUUCACUACGUUCCAGCGUGGUUCGUGGUGCACACCACCACGCCUGUUCGUUGAAGAUCAGUUUGACGUAAUCCCACCAGAAACCGGUUCCGUAAGCUCACUUGGAAAGAAGAGCAUUAGAGAAGAACCAUCUAAGAGAAAGAAUCCUGGAGCAGUCAAAAUUAGUCCUUGGACAUUGGCGCGAUUAAAUGCAGAAGAGGUUUCCAAGGCUGCUAUUGGUAAAGGCUUCAGUGGAGUGUCUAGCUUAGCCCCUCUUCAACUUGAACCACGCAGCGCAUUUCAUAUGAGUCAAGCAAUGUCAAGCUCAGCUGCGAAUGUUGUGACUUCUUCUGAAAGCAGUAUAGAGUCUCCCGAUAUCCACCCUUUCCGGGUGUCUUCGUCAAGAAUUGAAGAGGCUAGGCAGCUUGCUGGUCCUUCGGCUGGUGGUGGCAGUGUUGCAAAUUUGAAUGGAAUUCCACUGUCAAGGUCAACUAGCGACGGGUAUGAAGCCUCAGGCGGGGAAGAUAGUGAUCAACUUCCUAGUAGAAUUGUGGAGAGAUCCACAAAUUGGACCAAUCUUCUUUUCAAUCCUGAUCAAGAUGAGAGAGCUUUUAGGCACAAAUCUUCAUCCAACGUGGUUUAUAGCAGAAAAUUCUAACCAUAUCUGAUUUUGACUUAUGUUGGGGAAUUGUUGAUUCCUUGAUUUGUGAGCUAUAGGAUUUUCUUCAGCAUUCCUUAGCUGUGAACCUUGUUGAUGUUAAGAUGAUGUCCUCUAUUGAGUUUUGAAGGGAGGAUCAAGCAUUCAAGCGUGAUGGAGAUAUUUUUGGAACCAAUGUACAAAGUUGUAGGUUAACAACGGUAACUGGUGAGGUUUAGCAUCCUAGUGCAUUUUUAUUUAUGCUUUGUUUUGUGCUCUGCUUUUCUUUGCUUUGUUUUGUGCAUUUUUCAUUUUUUUUUUGUGUCUAAACAAUGCAGAAUGCCAAAUAGGUUGCAUUUCUCAAGAGUUCAGCUGGCUAUAUUCGUAUUAGAUUUAGGAGUUAUGACCAAUUGUUCUUAGACUCUUCAAUAUCGUGUUCAUGAUUUAGAGAUGUAUCUCUCAUCUUUGAUUUCUCCCAAAACAAAGGGAUAUUUAUUUGUUGACUCUGCUUUUUUUGUUAAAAUUUAUUUUAUGUAUUUCUCCUGAAUUUUAGCGAGCAUUUGAAAAGGGGAACAACAAAUCAA